CCAAGCUUCAAACUAAUUUUGAACUCACUGAGUCAUGGGUCAGUCAUGCUGCAAACAUUGCUUUCUUCGGUUGGAUAUCUUCAUUUAUGACCUAUAGUUGGGAAUUGUAAGUCUCUGAUGAGGAAAAUUCCAAUGCUUAGCCCCAGACUAUUUAUAUCUGAAUCUCCCCGCUAUUAACAGUUCCACACAAGUGAUUCGGCAGGGCAAGCUGCAUCCCCUUGUGGAGGUUGUGGAACGUCUGUGUUUGUGUGUGCGGUCGGUGCCUGUGAUCUGAGAGUGGUUCUUCUUGGUUUGAAGGUUCCUGUUCUAUUCCACAGCAGGAUAUCUACCUUGUCUGUGGAUCCCAGAGAUCAUGACUGGCCUCGUGUGGUGUGGGUGUUGAAGUUUUGGAGGCCUGGGUUACGGUGCAAGACUGGGAAAGAGGUCACGGCCUGUGGCUGAGCGACGAGGGAACACCGGGCCCUAAAAUGGUUUCACUUGACUGAUACUUGUGCCAAAACAGGGUCUUUGUCCAGGACUCUUGCGCCAUGGUUAUCCAGCUAGACUGGAGGCUCCUGUGCGUCGUGUUGUUUACGGUUCUACUGCCGACGGAAGCGGGUCAUCUUCAGCCCUUGGCCCGGAUCUGGGACUUCCAGCAAACUCUGGCUUUGCUGAAUAAUUAUGGCUACUUUGUGGGGAACGCGACAGACUCCGGAGGAGCCAGACGAGAGAGAGAAGGGAGGUUAAGGAUACUGAGAGAUCCAACAGAGGAACUCCAACAGGACCAGAACAUGAUCAAAGUUAUGGCGAACUCCGAGUCUGCCUGGCCCGACUUCCCGUAUGGCAGGACAGGGCAGCUGUCUCUCAGUGGGACCAAGUGGAAGAACAAAGAUGUGUCUUUCAGGAUCAUGAACUACCCCAGCAGUGACCACCUGGACGAUGCCAUCGUCCAUCAGGUGUUGGUGGAUGCCCUGGAGGUCUGGGCGAACGUGUCAGGACUGCGGUUUGUGGAGAGGACCAGUGGAGAUGCUGACAUCAUGAUCAAGUUCGCCCGAGGCAACCAUGGGGAUGGAAAAGCUAAUCAGUUUGAAGGUCCUGGAGGAGAAUAUGCCCAUGCCUUCCAGCCCCCAGGACUGGACUGGCCGGAUGGCUAUGGUGACGAUGGGGAUGUGCACUUUGAUGCUGAUGAGUACUGGACUCUGCGCUCACCCAGGGGAGUGAACCUGUUCCAGAUUGCGGUGCACGAGUUUGGCCACGCCCUCGGCCUGAGUCACACCGAUGACCCCAGCACCAUCAUGUUUCCGUUCCCCGUCUUCAGGAACGACUUCUGUGUUCAUCCUGAUGAUGUCAGAGCCAUACAGAGCCUCUAUGAUGAACCUGAAAAAUCAUCACCUUCCUUACCGAGGUGCAACAGCCUACCUGACCCCUGUGCCUCAGAGUUUGAUUCUAUCCUGCAUUUCCGUUCAGAACUGUUUGUAUUUAAGGGCAUCUACACAUUCCGGCGCCACAUGUGGGAGCACGGCGCGGAACCCAAGCUGUUGAUCACCCAGCAGGUGUGGAGAGGGCUGCCAGACAAGAUCGACGCUGCCUACACCCGACCACAGGACGACAAAAUCAUCUUCUUCAGUGGUGCCCAGUACUGGUUGUUUGAUGGUGCUAACAUGGCGCCAGGUUUCCCACGGCCCAUCUCAGACUUUGGCCUGCCCACGGAUGAUGUGGAUGCUGCUGUUGCCUGGAGACCAACUAAAAAGACUUAUUUCUUUAAGGGAGACCUGUACUGGAGAUACAACGAGGAGACGAAGACCCUGGACCCAGGCUACCCCCGACCCGUCAGCAUGUGGCACGGCGUGCCGUCUAGUCCUGACUGUGCUUCAGACCUGGGCGAGGAUGGUGAAGUUUAUUUCUUCCGUGGAAGGAACUACUGGAAGUACAGCAGCCAUCAUCUCAAGGUGAAAAGAGGCUACCCGAGGUCCAUAGCCGAAGACUGGAUGGGCUGUUAGUUACAUUGCUGUUCGGGGCUGAUUGGCAAUUAAAUCAGGCUACAGUGCCAGACUGUCUCUUGUCUUCUGCACUAUUGAUACUGCAGAGCAUAUUUGUAUAGUCUAUGUUUGAAGUGAAACCAGCAAGACAACAGACAGUGAAUGUGUUAAACAUAUGAAGUCCAUGUAGACCUAGGUAUUCUAAAUGACAUGACAACAGUGAUUGUGUUGUGACAUUUCAAUGAGAGCCUGUCAGUGAACAUUUUGCUUUCUAAAGAUGACACCAUAUCAACAUGGCAGCCCUUUAGAAGAACUCACUGUAUCAAGUACUUGUUACCUUUUGAAUUACGUGGUCCAGACCACAACCUGAACUUUUGGGGCAACUCUCUGCUAGGGGUUACACUACGAGAGCCAGUUUGGUUCUCUGUUGUUUCACCAAUACGCCACAACUCCACACUAGUGUAUCUACUACUAGUGACAGGCAGAGAGGACCCAUAUUCGUUAGGCCAACUACUUGGUCUCCUCAGUGCUCCAACUGGAAUGUCAUAUGUCACAAACGUCUCAUAGCUCUUGGCACGGGGCACCUCUUCUGUUUGGGUCUGUACAUUACGGUACAAGCCCUUGUCUUUCUUCCAGGUGCCCUUGUGUAGAGUCAUGGCACCUAAACGUCGCCUCUCUUUCUCCAGAUCUACAUGGAACCGCAGUUUUUGUAUUUCUUUCCUGACGUCCUGCAGUGUUGCGAGGGUGUCAGACUGCUGUUUGAGGGAGGCCUCCUCUGUUUUUACUGCCUUUUCUGCCUUCUCUUUGGCAUCUUGCAGGUUCAGCCUUGCUUUCCUACGCACAUCGCACACGUCAGACAUCACCCCUCUGAGCUGGCGGAUUUCAGACUGAACCGUGGAAAGUUUUGCCUUUUCUUCCUUCUGAUGUUCAAUGCGUUGGAGAAUACGAUUUGUCUUCCUGUGCUCCCUUGAGAGCUUGUCUUGCAGGCGAGCCAGUUGGAUUUCAAGUUUCCUGCUUCUCUGCGAGGUAGCCUGCAGCUUUCUCUUCUUUGCCUCCUCAGUUUCUGACAGAAAAUUCCCAGUUCUUGGGUCUGGGAUGUGAGAAGAUCGAAUGCUCGGCCACUUGUUCAGUUGACCAAAUGCAGCUGUCAACUCAGUGAUUUCACAUCCAUCUUCUGAGGUCAGUAACACUGCUAGGACAGAUUCCUUACCUGCCUCCAUCUGUGAUGAUCAUACAGACAGAUGUAAACUUACAACAAAGAGAGCAUACAUUUCUGCAUAGACUGUUAAAAUUUCUUACUAUAAUGACAUAAUGUAACGUUACUGGAAUCACAAUCAUGUGUAACUUAUUUUCAAAUAGCAACUGAGAACUAGAUUUAAUAUGGAUGAAAGUUAGAUUACCUCAAUGGAUUGUUCAAGAUUUGCUUGACUGUACAUAUAAUUAUUAUUUUUUAUAUCAACUGUCAUCUCUUCAAACUUUUAAUGUAAAAGAAAAUAUGGCACACCAGAUAUUGUUAUUGUCAAUACUUCUGAUGCCAUCCACAUAAGUCCAACAUGUACCUGAACCUCAUGUUGUAUGUUACCAAUAAAUGUUUUUUCUUCACGUC